UACAACGAUAAAGUGACAGUUGAGGUGAAACAACAGGGAUGAAUUUGGUUAGAAAUUCUUGCAGUGUUCCAUGUAAUUGCCUCUUUCUGAAAUCGUCCUCGCUUUCAGUCGCAUUAUCCGUUUUUGCCUCAAACUUUAUCCUACACCAUAUAGCUUUCAGUCUCCGUCUCUUGAGCUACCGAUUUACUGGAUACCGGCCGUUCAUCUGAAAAAAUAAUGGCUGAAAGUUCCGAUUCGACAUUGCUUGAUAAAGAGAGUGUCAGCACCACUGCAAAUAACAAACGCGAAGCUCAUUCUGAUAGCUCGGAUUCCGUAACAAAGAAGUUGAGAAGCAGCGACACUCAUGAGGAGCCGAAGGCUGAAAUCACUGUCCCGAAAAAUGGAAGUGAAUUGUAUUUUGAAAUAGAAGCUGAUGCAGCUGAGGAUAAGGGUUCCAGGCAGACCAUGGAGGACGCUUCUGUUGUUCUUCCUGAUGCUGACCUUGAAUUUCCCGGGAAAUUGAGAUGUGCUCAUUUUGCAAUAUAUGAUGGGCAUGGAGGUCGAUUAGCUGCUGAGUAUGCCCGGAAGCAUUUACAUGCCAAUGUUCUAUCUGCAGGCUUACCACGUGAGUUGUUGGAUGUUAAAGCAGCCAAAAAGGCCAUACUCGAAGGAUUUAGGAGAACUGAUGAGUCUCUUCUUCAGGAAAGCACCAAAGGUGGUUGGCAAGAUGGAGCAGCUGCAGUAUGUGUCUGGGUAUUAGGCUCCAAAGUGUUUGUUGCUAAUAUUGGAGAUGCGAAAGCAAUUUUAGCUCGGUCAUCUCCAACUGACGGUUCGAACAACACUACUGAUGGAUCAACUCCAAUAAAGGCCAUAGUCUUGACCAGGGAACACAAGGCUAUAUAUCCUCAAGAACGUGCACGCAUCCAAAAAGCUGGGGGAUCUGUCAGUUCUAAUGGACGAUUACAAGCGCGCCUUGAAGUUUCCAGAGCUUUCGGAGAUCGGCAGUUCAAGAAGGUUGGUGUCAUUGCAACUCCAGAUGUUCAUUCAUUUGACCUUACCGAGAGAGACCACUUUGUCAUUCUUGGCUGUGAUGGCUUGUGGGGGGUUUUUGGGCCAAGUGAUGCUGUUGAUUUUGUUCAGAAGCUAUUAAAGGAGGAGCUAUCUGUGAAAGCUGUGAGUCGCCGCCUUGUGCGGGAGGCAGUCCGAGAGCGUCAAUGCAAAGAUAACUGCUCCGCUGUUGUAAUUGCUUUCAGGAAAAAGCAGUAAAACUCCGAAAUUUGUUCAAAAAGAAUCUUAGAGUCUAGGCAACCAGAUCUGGUCUUGUUCUUUGGUUCAUACUUUGUGAUGGGUUGUAUCAUGCUUUCAUCUAAUGUAGUUGCAGAUUCUUACAUUUCAGAUCUCUUGGCUUUUGACCAAGCUGUGCAAUUUGUUGUAGAAUAGGUCAGUCUUUGAAAUCUUUUCCAGCACAAGACAUGUAUGAACAAACCAUCCAAGUUGGAUAAAUUUUCAUACAACUAAUCGAGCUUUUUUGGUGGAAAUUAAAGGAUUCAAGCCUUUUCAGUUU